CCCAGCGCUGUUUGUUGUUGAGAAUUUUAUCACGCAACUGCCAUCUCUCUUCCGCAGUAUAAAAUCCACAUAAUGCUGCAGUUUGCUGAAAGUGCUGCCUUAAUUGUUAAAAAAUCUUGGAAAAUAGUCGCAAAAAUGAUCAUUAAAGCCUUCCUUCUGAUCGCACUUGUGGCAGCGGUGUCGGCCCGACCGGCUAGUGAUGCCGAGCACAAGGAGCAGAAUGAGAUUGCAGUUGAUGCCGACCAUCCUUGGCUUGGCAAAUGGGAAUCCAUCGAUGGCCGCCAGGAGAAUUUUGCAAAUUUCGUUAAUGCUCUAGGUUUUGCCCAUUACACGGCUGAGCACAAAGUUUGGCACAAACUGUGGAAAGAAGGCGACCAUUAUCAUCAUCGCAUCAAAGUUCCAGAGAAGAACUACAAACUAGAUGUUGAGUUUAAACUGGGCGAAGAGGGCACCGGCAGCUUCAACAACACCAACUUCAAAUACAAGUAUACCGAAGAGGGCAAAGAUCUCCAUGUGGAAGUAAAUUUGCUGACACAUAACAAGGUCAUCAACGACAUCUACCACGUGGAUGGUGAUGAGCUGGUCAAGACGUACAAAUCCGGCGAUGUGCAGGCCAAACGAUGGUACAGGCGCAAGAGCCAUGACCAGGCUACCACGGCCGCCAGUGCCUAAGUGUUUGAUUUUUUUAGAAGAUGAAUUGCUGUAAUUUUCGCUGCUGUGGUUGUAUUUCUGUACAAUUUAUGUAAAUGCAUUUAACACAGACCUGAUGUGGAUUCACUGAAACUCACUAACAAUAUGUUACUAACAAUAUGUUACUCACUAACAAUAUGCAGUUUGUUGUGAAGUGUUGCCACCGUUCAUCGGGUGGCAGAGCAAACGUUUAUGAAAAAACUUCGGGUGAGAUGAA